UCCGCCGAUCAUUCACGAUGACCAUCAACCCUACCUACCUCGCGCAGCGCACGCGCUCCUCCGGCAACUGGAACGUGGCCAAGUUCCGCGUCCUCAAGUCGUACAGAGAAUGGCUUAGAGCGUCUCCCGAGAUCCAAACCAUGUACUCUCUGAACAUUCCCGUUUCUGCCAUCCGGACAAAGGUUCGCCAGGAGUUUGAGAAGCACCGCUACGUGAAGCAGCUCAAUGCUGUUGACAUGCUUUUGUUCCAGAGCCACGCCGAGUUCCAGGAAACCCUCAACUACUGGAAGCAGCUUUCGCAUGUGAUGAAGUACUUCCGCCCCGAAGAAGAGCCAGGUGCCCGGUUACCCCCCAACUUCAUGUCCGGCUUCUUGGAGGGCCGCAAUUGAGUUGUUUUUGUUCAUGGGGAUUCUUAUUCUUUGUUUCCGUGCGGGAAUGGCACUGGUGCACUCUCUAUAAGAGAUUGGGGGAAACAUUUCACCAAUAGAGAAUGUUAUGUAAAUAUUGUCCGACUAGUUCAAGCUUUUUUUUCCUUCAAAUCUGCAAGAUGCGAGGUAAAUGUGUAAAUGUUUGAUAUAUUUGAACAGACAUCUAUGAUUUGUCGACCUCG